AUGGGCCUGCAGGUAGUGCCUCAAAAGACCGAGGCGCUAUUCAUGCAUAAAAAAAAGAGGGGGAAGCAUGGGGCUCCCCCCGCCGAGGCCUAUGUCACGGUAGGUGACAUCUCCGUCCGGGUGGGGGACCGAUUAAAAUACCUCGGUCUCUACCUGGACGCGGCUUGGAGUUUUGGCGGGCACUUUGAGCGCUUGGCCCCCAGGGCGGAGUCGGUGGCUAUUAGCCUGAGCCGACUCUUGCCCAAUCUUGGGGGCCCGGAUGGCCUAUAUGCGAACACCGUCCGGGCGGUGGCUUUUUAUGGGUCACCGGUGUGGGCGGACGCCCUGAUGGCCGAAAGGCGCGGCAGGAUGCUGCUGCGCCGAGUAUUUCGGAGGGUGGCCAUCAGGGUUGUCCGCGGUUACAGGACGGUGUCGCACACGGCGGCCACAUUAUUGGCGGGGACGCCGCCCGUCGAGCUCUACGCCGAUAUGUACGCCCACGUGUACAGGCGUACGCGGGAGGCUAGGCGGCUAGGCGUGUCGUUGACCCCAAGGGUCAAGGCCGCCGUGAGACUCCAGGCCAGGCGACGCGCUUUGGAGAGGUGGGACGUCCGACCCCGCGACCCCCGAGAUACAUCGGGGAGGCGCGUCGUCGAGGCCAUCCGGCCCCAUUUGGUCAAAUGGGCUGAUCGGGCCGGUGGCGAGAUGUCGUACCGUGCGACGCAGGUGUUCACGGGCCAUGGAUGCUUCGGCUCAUACCUGUGUCGCAUCGGUAAAGAGGACAGCGCGCGCUACCACCAUUGUGUCCUCGUCCAAAUAAUAGGCGAAACUGACUUCUCGCUCUCGAGCAUCGUAGCGGUCAUGCUCGAGAGCGAGGAGUCCUGGAGGGCGGUCUCCUCCUUCUGUGAAGCAGUAAUGCUGCAGGAGGAGGCCGAAAGAGAGCGGGAGCGACUCUCCGGAGGACGCCGGAGAGCUCGCGGCCGAG